AUGAAAGCUGCAGACGGAUCUAGGAAACCAUUAUGGUUGAAUCAACGAACAAUGACAUCUCAUUUCUUCUUCGGUCCAUAUGUUCUAUUCCCUAUUUUGGCAGCAUUCACUUGGUUAGCUGGUAUCCUAGCUUUAUUGAUUCUAUGGGUCAGAGCUGGAAAACCAAGAUACAUGUCAGACGAAGCGAGUGUAGUCUUCAUUUCAGAUGUAGGCGCAAACCAUCAAACUUUAUUCAUCUUCAUUUGUGCUUUUGUCGCAGGAUUCUACAUCCUCUCAUUAUUCGCUGAAAGAUGGUUGAGACACGUCGAUCGAUUGCCUACCGAUCUCAGAAAGAGAGAAAAGGUGUAUGACUGGUUAGCCAUCGUUUUCUGUAUUAUUGGAUCGGCCGGUUUAGUCCUCUUGUCUUGUUUCAACGCAUUCGAUCAUUCAACCAUUCACUGGACAAUGACACUUGUCUUCAUUGUUGGUGUUGCUCUAUCUGCCAUCUUCCAAUCUGCUGAAAUUUGGUCAUUACAUAAAGAUCAUCCUGACCGAAAAUCAUUGAAACGAAACUCGAUUCUCAAGCUCAUCGUAGUCUUCGUCGCUAUAGCUUGUGCUGUCGCUUUCGGCGCUACCUAUGGAGUCUGCGGUGGUAACUCCACUGCAUACAACGGACAUUCAGCCGAAACAUGUAACAAAAUCACAUCAGCGGCAGCAUCAUUAGAAUGGGCAGUGGCUUUCAUAUUAGUAUUUUAUUUCUUGACUAUAGCGGCGGAUUUAUGGCCAGCGGGGAAAUCAUCUCCUAGAUAUAUGAGAAGAUUAGCUAAAUGGCAAGAAAGACACGAUUCAGUCAAUAAUCUAGAACACGACUUCACUGGAAGAAGAGCCUUCAACGAAUAUCCAGAAAGAUGGGAAGAUAGAGAAGAAAUAAUGAGAAAUCAAAUGUUAAAUAGAAAUCAAGGAAGAGAGAACACUCCCGCUGCUUUACCUGCUCAUGUAGGAAAUGGUGGUUAUCUUCAAUCUUCGAAUAACGGAUACGACAACACAAGAACUGCACCAGGCUCCAUAGCAGGUACAGAAAUGGAUAACAGAUAUAGUAUGGGAAGUCAAGCUCCCAUGAUGAGACAAGUCUAA